AUGAACUUCUUGUCGGAGAUGAUGCUCCGAUUUGCGGCCGUUUUGUGCCUGAUUGGCGUUGCCGCCGCCGGAAAGUUGACCCCCAACGAGAAGCUGAAGAAGUGCUGCUCCACCUUGAAGGAUGUUGACCAGGAGUGCGUGAACAACUUCUGCGACUUUAACGCCAUCAACCAGGCCAAUAUCCUCAACUACAUGGAUCAGUGCCAAUCCAAGGGACCCACCGUCGGAAAGAUGUGGGAUUGCGCCUCGUACCGUCACGAUCACACCGAGUGCUGCAAGGCGAAGGGCGUUGAGGGCGAUUGCCUGAAGUACUGCUCGGCCGAGAAGGGCGUCCCCACCAACUAUCUGGAGUACACCUUCUGCACCGAGUCGUUCAACUCCAUCCGUGAUUGCUUCUACGAGCAUCUCGACAAGAACCCCCCAUACGCCGGGACCCCGUCGGAUGAA